AGGAAAAGUGCUUAGAAGAAGGGAGCGAAGAGCCUUCCUUUGGGCUUCUGAUGCGGGCGAGUCCCGGGUCCGGCGAGCCCGAGGGGGAAGUCUGGCAGCACCUUGCUUGGCUUUGUAUGAGGGAACCCCCCCCCCCCUCCAUUUUUGUCAUUUUCUUACCCCGCUCAAAGUUCUCCUCCCCAGGAGAAAAAAAGUCAUUCCUGAAACGGUAGCUUCCAUGAAGAGGCUCGGGUAUUCAUUUAGUCGAUGGUACCUGGGGACCCUGGAUACAAAUUAAACUUACCACCUAAUGUUUGUAAAAUACUACUUAAUUGUCAUACUUGGUGACAGAGCAUGAAUUUAAGAAUUUUAAAAUUCAGUUGAGAAGGAGGCAGCAGGGAGAAUGGGCCAGGUGGUCUCAUGGUGUACUUAGGGGUUAGCUUUUGCUUAAGUACUUACUUUGUAUUAAAACGGGUUGUCUCUGACAUUCUUUCGAUGCUCUUCGAUUUUAAACAAGCAUGUGUUUAACGGGCUAUGAGAUAAGGCUGGGGUCAAUGAAUUAAACUAUUUUCGAAGGUCUGAAUCCCGAAAGAAAGUUGUCAAAAGCGUAUACAUAUAGACUUAGCUUAGACUCACAUUAAAGGAUCUGCAGUCACAUACCCACAGGGGAUUUAGCAGACACCCAGGAGGAAGGAAUUAAUUUCUGUCUCUUAUUACAGUUAACCUAUUAAGAGGGUGGUUCUUACUCAAGCCACACAGAGAUUUUUACUGCUGAUAAACAUUGAAAUGUAAAUGUGUGAAACUCACAAGGACAUUAUUCUAUAACAAACAGAAAAUGGAUGAAAAUAAAGAUAUGGACUCAAAAGAAAGUGGAGAAUAUGAAGAUGACUUUGAAAAGGACCUGGAAUGGUUAAUUAAUGAAAAAGAAAAAGGUGGUGCCAGCAUAAUAGAGAUGGCUUGUGGGAAUGAAGAGAAUAUUAACCAAGAAUUAAAAGACAAUGAAACAGAAACAGAACACACUGAACAGAGUUCUGAUCCUGACAAAUCUUUGAAGGAUGAAGUUUCACCAAGAAGAAAUGACUUCAUUUCUGUACCGAGUAUUCAACCUUUGGAUCCCAUAUCAGAUUCAGAUAGUGAAAACUCUUUCCAGGAAUCCAAAGUAGAAAGCCAGAGAGCCCUGGAGGAGGAAGAGGAUGAGGAAGUAAGGAGAUAUAUUAUGGAAAAAAUUAUACAAGCCAACAAGAUUCUACAGAAUCAAGAACCUGUGAAUGAUAAAAGGGAACGGAAGCUUAAGUUCAAAGACAAAUUAGUUGAUCUGGAAGUUCCUCCACUGGAAGACACUGAUACUUACAAAAAUUAUCUUGAAAAUGAAAGUAGUAUGUCUGGAAAACUCUCACAGUUACGUAUUUCCAAGGAAUUUGGACAAGAAAAUGUGCUCAUGUCACUAACUGAUGGAAAUUGUGAAGAGAACAAGGAUAGGAAAAUUCUAGUCGAGAGAGAUGGAAAGUUUGAACUUCUGAAUUUACAAGACAUUGAGAGUCAGGGGGUUUUGCCCCCCAUUAAUACUAAUAGUACAGAAAACGAGCCUCACCAGUUGUCAUCCAGAUCUUCCAACUCAAAUGUCAAUAGUGUCAAGAAAGAAGAGCCGAUAGCAAAGAUUCAUGCUGUUGCUCAUUCAUCAACAGAAGAGCCACUGGCUUAUAUCCCUCAGCCACCAGCCAACCCCAAGACUCGUCCAAGUUCUGCUGCCAACUCAGAUCGAAAAAGAACUGCAAAAACGGCUAGAACAAAAGAGAGAAAAGCUAAAGAGAGAGGUAGUAAAACUGGUGAAUUUUCUCUAAAUGACUUAAAUCAGUGCCCCAGUUCUCUGUUUUACUGGAUACCUGAUGAUAUUAAGCUGAACCAGAAAAUAUCUGACUGUAAAGGCCAAACUUCAGCAGGAUCACAGGAAGAACAACGAAAAAUAGAAGAAGAAAAAGAAAAGAAAAAAGAGAAUGACAUGGUAUUUAAAGCAUGGUUGCAAAAGAAAAGAGAGCAGGUCAUAGAAAUGAGGAGAAUUCAGCGAGCAAAGCAAAUCGAAGACAUGAAUAGCAGACAGGAAAACAGAGAUCCACAACAAGCUUUUCGAUUAUGGCUUAAAAAAAAGCACGAAGAGCAGCUGAGAGAAAGAAAGACAGAAGAACUACGAAAGCAGGAGGAAUGUUUAUUCUUCCUUAAAGGGACCGAAGGCCGCGAAAGGGCCUUUAAACAAUGGCUACGAAGGAAACGGAUCGAAAAACUAGCAGAGCAACAAGCUGUCAGAGAAAGAACUAGACAGCUCCGACUAGAAGCAAAGCAUUCUAAACAAUUGCAGAGCCACCUACAUAUGUCAGAAGCCAAAGCUUUUCGUUUUACUGAUCAUUACAAUUGAAAGUAUCUUAAAUACUUCAUUUGGAAGCUGCUACCCUCAGAAUUUUGUAUAUCAUUUCUAAUGGCCUGUGUGCUUUGGUCAUACUCGAAAUUAUGGAAAUACUAUUUAUCUUUUGGUGAUACUGACAGUGAAUUUAUCUUUUUUUUAACACUAAACAAAAUAAAUUUCUUCCCUCGCA